AUGAAAGAAAGCGCUAAAUCAGAUGAGCCUUCAUGCCUCACCAAGCGUGCCUCCAACUCUGCCUCGGCUAAGUGCCGAUCCAUUUCCUCUCCCUCUGCCUCACUGCCAAAAGCAGAUAACGAGUUACCGAAAGCAGAACGGUGGCACACAGCAGAAACAGGGGAAAGCGACACCGGGGGUGAUGAUACCCGCAAGAAUUUUACGGAUCAUCUAUAUACAGCUUUGAAGUGGGCAGGUAUUCGUGCAUUUAGAGAUGACGAUGCAAUUGAGAGAGGUGCAGUUAUGGAAUGUGAAGUCGAAAAGGCAAUACGACAGUCAAAAAUGUCGUUGAUUGUCUUCUCCAGAGAUUUUGCUUCUUCAAGCUGGUGCCUGGAUGAGGUUGCGAUGAUUAUGGAACACAGAGAGACUACUGCUGGAAGCCACAUUGUUCUUUCUGUAUUUUAUGAUGUCGAUCCAUCAGAAGUUCAAAACCAAACAGGUAGUUUUGCUAAAGGAUUUUAUAGACGCAAUGAAGAUGAGAGGAUUGAGGGAUGGAGGUCAGCACUUCGAAACAUCUCAGAUCUGGCAGGAAUGGUUUUAGAAAACAGUACUGCUUUAGGAGCUCACAAGGAAGCAAAAUGUCAUGAACUAGAAAAAUAUGUAGAGAUUUUGAGGGGAAGUUUUAUGCUUUCCAUUUCCGUUCAGGCAUCAGAAGUGCUAGCGGUUGAAACAGUUGCUUAA